AAAACCCGGCCCGAAAACCGUCCUUAUUCCUCUCCGACGAUCAUCUGCCUCCUCCGUUCUUUUCUUCCAGGCGGCUCAGAUUCUAAAUUUAAAUGGCAGCAGUGAUGGAUGGCUCAUCUCAGGAUACACAAUCUAAUUCUGUCACAGGUUUAGAUUCUAACAAUGUCGAAAGGAGGAUGGCAAAUGAUGAUCAGCGCUUCCUCUUGUACUUCAUUAUGGGUACCUACUUUGGGCCUGGUCUUAAAGGAGAGAACCUGCCAAAGUCAGUUCUGCAAAGAAUAGCCGAGCGACUUCCACCAUAUACUUUUAAGCAACUAGGUGGAUCCCACCUGAAAACUGCAGAGGUAGAGCAGGUGUACUAUUAUGUUCUUCGGAAGGCUGAUAAAUCUGCCAUUGUUAAAUUACCUGUGUUAUUCCAGUUCUUCCAUGGUAACCUCCUUAGCCAUCGAGAAGACACCACAGCCAACUACCCUCAGUUUCCUGAUCUAUUUCCUCUCCUACUCCACCCCCAUUCACAGUUCAGUAACAGAUACAAUAUCUUUGAGAACAUUGUAUUUAUUAAUAACCCAGAAACGCAUUACAUUAAUACAGAGGAUAUUGAAAGAUUUAAGAGGCUAACUGGGCUGGAGGAGUUUCUUCUGGAUAGAGAUGCUGCAAGGCUGCAUACUUAUCCUGAUGGAAGUGUUUCAUAUAAUGUGUCGGUACAGGAGCCAGAGUCCAAUGGAGAGUCACCUCCCACUAGUUCUUGUCAAAGUUCUAGGGGAACAAAACAUUUAGAUAAUCUCGUGGAAUCGAAUGAUCCUCUGAAACAUGUGCAUGUUGUGGCACCUAUCAGUAGUGUGCCAUAUAACAGUACGCCUAUGCUGUGUAGUUAUAUGGCCCCUUUAUCUACUAAAGAUGAGUCUGAUCCUGUGGAGAAGGUCGAUCCUGCUAUGAUUUUUCUUCCUUCUCUUCCAACUAAAAGAGAGUGGUCCAAUAUUGUAGCUGCCACCAGAGAUGGAUUUGCUUUAACUGGGAGUGCAGCAAAGAGGCAGGUGGGACCAACAAUAGGGCUGAUUGACAUUGGAGAAUGUGAGGAUUCAUACUUGUUUCGUGUAUCUCUUCCUGGAGUGCGAAGAGAUGAAAGGGACUUCAGCUGUGAAGUUGAAAAUGAGGGCCGAGUGUUGAUAAGAGGAGUGACAAUAACAGGUGAGAAGACAGUCUACAGAUACUCUCAGAUGUUUGAAAUGCGAACACAGAAUCUGUGUCCGUCAGGGCAUUUUUCUAUCUCAUUUCAGCUGCCUGGUCCAGUUGAUCCUCAGGAGUUUUCUGGUAAUUUUGGGACAGACGGAAUUCUGGAGGGUGUUGUGAUGAAACGAAAAGAUGUCAAAUAUGCUUAACUAAAAUUUAGUCAGUCCCUAUAUAUUUGUGAUAUUACAAAUCCUAUUUCGUGAUAUUGCCGUUGAAUGGAUGCAUGGUGAAGGUCAAAUUCUAUUUAGUCAGCUGAUUUCAUA